UUCAAUCACGCGAGAAUAUUUAUCAGAAGCUGAAACUUGAGAACAUUCCGGAAGACUCCACAGCUACUUCUAAUCUAAUCUGCCUCUGCCGACGACAUCCCGAGCAACACCCCCGUGCCACCGUCUUCUCCGCCGCCAAUAGAGUGACCCUUGCCUCAUAAGAAAUGCCGAAGGUAAAGACUUCCCGAGUUAAAUACCCCGAAGGCUGGGAACUAAUCGAGCCAACACUCCGCGAACUUCAAGGAAAGAUGAGGGAAGCUGAGAAUGAUCCCCAUGAUGGAAAAAGAAAAUGUGAGACUUUAUGGCCUAUAUUUAAAAUUGCUCACCAGAAGAGUCGAUAUGUAUAUGACCUUUACUACCGGAGGAAGGAAAUUUCUAAAGAGUUGUAUGAAUUCUGUUUGGAUCAAGGAUAUGCUGACCGCAAUCUAAUUGCAAAAUGGAAGAAGCCUGGUUAUGAACGUCUCUGUUGUUUGAGGUGCAUGCAGCCACGCGAUCACAAUUUUGCCACAACCUGUGUUUGCAGAGUACCAAAGCAACUUAGGGAGGAGAAGGUUAUAGAAUGUGUUCAUUGUGGUUGCAAGGGUUGUGCAAGUGGGGACUGAUUGGACAUCAAUUCUAGUAUAGGGAGGGUUUGUUAGAAUCAUUCUGUUAUGCUUUUAGCUUUCUCUCUUCUUGAAACACUCAUAUAGCUCUGGUUGUAUUAAUUAAUGUUUACUAAUUUCUCAAGAGUUAUUCACUGGGAUAUUAGUUAAUUAUUAAUCAUCAUAGUGCAAAACCUGAAUGGUGUGUUAUGUACUUUCUAACUAAUAAUCCAACAUGUGUAAUUUGUAUAGUUCAAAACCAGACUGGUGUUCUGUACUUUCAUAUUAAUAAUCCUACCUGGGUAAUUUUGAUUGAUU